UCGAACCCAGGCCCAUUGCAGCAAGAUCUGCCCCUCCGUUGCCAACUGCGCUACGCCCCUGAGCAAAUCUCAAACUAUUAUUGUUCAUUGUUAAUGAUGCUCUAAUUAAUUAAUGUUGAUGAGUUGUUAGCCGGCUGGCAAUGUAUUAUUAUUAAUAUUCAAGUAGAUGGCAGAGUCCCUCUUUAUUAAGCCAGCCUUAAACUUAAUCUCUGUUAGCAACGAUUUUACCUAAACAAGCAGCUCCAAAAUCAUCGGCCAGCACCGCCUCGUUGUCACCGUUGACCGCCACACGACCAUAUAUAGUAGCUAGCCGUGCAGCCCAAUAUAUUGGAUUGAAGAGAAAAUGGCGGAUGCUAUUGUUUCAGAAGUGGUGGGGAGAAUUGCAACUAUGUUAGAAGAUAAGAUUCGGUAUGAAGUCAAUUUGGUGAAAGGUGUGAAGAAGGAGCUUCUCAAUCUUUCCAAGAAGCUCAACACGAUCCGAAAGGUGUUGGAUGAUGCAGAAAAGAGAGGAGUGAAUGAUGAAAGUGUCAAAAGUUGGCUGAAGAAGCUCGAAGCCACGACUUAUGAGAUGGACGACAUUUUGGAUGAAUGGAACUACUCUCUUCUCAAACAUAAGUUGGAAGAUUUUGCUGAGCCCGAGCCUGUGCAAAAGAGAGGCUGCUCCUUCAUCCCAUCUUCAUGUUUAUGUUUCAAGGACAUUUCUUUUCGUCGUGAUAUUGCCAAGAAAAUAGAACAUGUGAAUGCCACGCUUGAUCAGAUCUUAAAGGAGAAGGAUGAUUUUAAUUUUGUCAUUUCUCUGCCUGCGCCCGAGUCUCAACAAGAACCAACCACAUCUUUAAUUGACUUGAAGAAGGUUUAUGGGUCGGAUAUAUAUAAGAAAAGGGAUGAUAUAGUGAAGAAUAUGAUGGUUAAUGGUGAUGAUACCCAAAUUCUGUCUAUAGUUGGGACGGGAGGACUUGGGAAGACCACACUUGCUCAACUUAUUUUUAACCAUCCUCAUUUUGAGAAAGAUUGGUUAAAAAUUUGGGUGUGUGUUUCUGAUCCCUUUAUUGCGACCGUAGUUGCAAAAAAUAUAGUUGAAAGUGUGGGAACUGAAACAAUUCCUCCAAAUACCAACCAAUUAGAAUUGGUAUUACAAAAAGUAAAAGCUUCCGUUUCAGGGAAAAAGUUUCUUCUUGUCCUUGACGAUGUUUGGACAGACGACAAUAAAAAAUGGGAGCCCCUUCAAAUCAGUCUCCAAUGUGGUGCAGUAGGUAGUAAAAUUCUGGUGACAACAAGAAAGGAAACGGUGGCUAAGAUGUUCCAUACCUUGGACGAUCAUAUGUAUCACCCAAAUAAGCUUAGUGAAGAAGAAUGUUGGUCUUUAUUGCGCGACACAUCUCUUCAAGGAAAGAGUGAGAAGGAAUGUGGAAAGUUUGAGGAUGUUGGCAAGAAAAUAGCUAGCAAGUGCAAUGGAUUGCCUCUGGCUGCAGUUGUUUUAGGAAGACUUCUGCAGUUCAAGGAUUUGGAAGGGUGGGAACAUGUAGAGAAGAGUGAAAUAUGGCAAUUGGAGAAUGCCAAAUUAGAUCUUUUUCCUCAUUUGGUUUUAAGCUACAAUGAUUUGUCCCCAACUCUUAAGCGUUGUUUUUCAUAUUGUGCCGUCUAUCCUAAAGAUUACCGAAUUGGUGCGGAGACCCUGAUAGAAGAGUGGAUGGCGCAAGGUUAUCUAGGCUCGGAUAGUGGAAACGAUGCACUGGAGCUCAAAGGGCGAGAGAACUUGAAGAAUUUAGCAAUGCGUAGUUUGUUUCAAGACAUUGAGAAAAGUAAGUCGGGGGAGCAGAUAGAAUGGUGUAAAAUGCAUGAUAUAGUACAUGAUUUUGCUCUGUCUCUUAGGCAGAAUGGUGACAAGGAGACAAGUUGUCAAGUUUGCGGUUCUUCAUUGGUUUCUCAUGUGCAAGAAUAUCGGAGCCUACAGUGGGACGAAAGUUGUAAAGUUUGUGAUUGCAUGAAAAGUGUUAGGGUGUUAAGAAUUAAGAGGAGCCCUCCGAUGGGAAUGGAAACGCUGAUUCACUUGAGAUGGUUGGAUAUUAGUUGGAUUACAUUAUCAAAGGAUGACCUCGAAAUCAUAUGCAGGCUUUAUUUCUUGCAAACUCUUCUCUUAUCGUUGUGCCACCUAACAGAGAUUCCACAAGAAAUUGGGAAUUUGGUGCAGUUAAGACGACUUGACUUAAGUGAGAAUGAAGACAUAAAGGAGUUACCAGAGAGCGUGUGUAAAUUGGUUGAAUUGCGAACUCUUUCCUUACAACUCUGCUCUCUAAAAGAGAUUCCACGAGAAAUUGGGAAUUUAGUGCAGUUAAGACAACUUGACUUAAGUUGGAAUAGAGAAUUAAAGGAGUUACCAGAGAGCAUGGGCCGUUUGGUUGAAUUGCGAACUCUUUCCUUAAGAGGUUGCCCUCUAAAAGAGAUUUGCAGAGGAAUUGGGAAUUUGGUGCAGUUAAGACAACUUGACUUAAGUAUGAAUGAAGAAUUAAAGGAGUUACCAGAGAGCAUGGGCAGUUUGGUUGAAUUGCGAACUCUUUCCUUAGCAUACUGCUCUCUAAAAGAGAUUCCACGAGAAAUUGGGAAUUUGGAUCAGUUAAGACGACUUGACUUAAGUGGGAAUGAAGAACUAAAGGAGUUGCCAGAGAGCAUUUGUAGUUUGGUUGAACUGCAAAUCUUGAAGAUAGAAGGCACUAGUAUCAACUGUCUACCUGAAGCAUUAGGUGAGUUAAGUAAUCUCCACACACUCGAACUGUGUCCAUUCAAAGUAGGAAGUCAAUACAACAAGUUUGGUUUUCUGAAAAAUUUACACCAUCCUCUUGUUGGAUCUCUAGAAUUGGAAAUCUACUUGAGUAGUAUGAGUGAAAUGGUGGAAUUGGUUGAAGAUGCUCGACAGGAACAAUUGAAGACACUCCUUCAAAAACUCGAAACACUCAAACUAUCUUUCGAGGUUACGAUGAAUGAAACGGAGCAGGCAUCAUCAUCAUCUUCAUCAUCAAUGUGGAUGGAGUUAGUAGAAGCUCUCGUACCCCAUCACACGUUGAACAUUCUGGUACUCAUUGAAUAUAAGGGCUCUAGGCUUCCGCAUUUGAUGUCAUCACCCCUCAACUUUAUAAAACAGAUCUAUCUGAGAGAUUUGAGUGAGGUGUCAUCAUUGCCGGCUAUGGGGAAACUACCUUUCUUGGAAAUUCUCUCUAUUUCCAGUGUGGAGCAAUUGAUGUUUGUGGGAAGGGAGUUUUUGGGAAUAGAAUCUUCAUCUCAUGAUAUUGUUGUUGUUGCAUUUCCCAAACUCAAGCAACUGACAUUUCAAUAUUGCCGCAAAUGGGAGGAGUGGGAGGACAUAACGGAGGAAGAAGAAGAAUCUGCGGCCAUCUCCAUCAUGCCAUGUCUCACUGAGUUGUCUAUCAAUUUGUGUCGGAGUUUGAAGAAGCUGCCGCUUCGCCUGCUACGCAAGGUCUCCUCGUCUUUGCUGCUGUUGGAUAUCAGAAAAUCAUCAGAGCUAGUAAAAACAUACGGAGAGGAUGAGGAAGGUUCAGCUUGGAGAUCCAUAUCCCAACAUAAUCCCCAACUUCGACUUCGCCAUUAUUAUUAGGUCUAAUGCAAUAUAUGUCUACCUGUUUGGUUUACUUUUUUGAAAUUGAAUUUGCGAUUGUAAUAUGUAUUUUUCUUCUUUAGUCGUAAAUUUUUAUUAGACGGAUA